GUUUAUUUUGGUAUCAAACUAAGCAACAAACUAGGCUGGUUUUGUGAUCGGUGAAAGUCUGGGGUGGCUUUGCUGCAACCUUGCAACAACCAACGAAGACGACACUGCUGCCUAGAGGUACUCGGCAUUUCCACAUGCCAAGACCAAUUGUGUGGCAGUGAGGAGGUCUCCCACACAUGGUGUGGAAUAUAAAAACACAUGUGCUGGCGAAUGCUCAUGACUCUAUUACAUGGUCACCAUCAACCAUUUUACGCAAACCAAACAAACAGCCUGGGGAAUCUUGACUCUGUCGGUUGCCACGUUUGCCUUCUUUCACUUUUGAAGCCGGCAAAAUGGGUUGUCCUUCCACUUUCGAUGUAGUGCCGCAAACCCGCGAUGCACUGAGCUGCCAACCACACUUUUGCUUUUACGUGGGCACUCCAGACCUGCUCGAAAGCCGCAGCCAUGAAAAGGCAUCAUACGUUCUGACCUUUGAGGAACAGGACAAUUCCUCAUCCUCGUCUAAAGUCCUCGUCCUCAUCGAUGGCUUCGACAAAACCCGCACCUUCUCCCCCGACGUCAAGGAUACCCUCGGCGUCGAAUUCCACUGGCGCGACCUCACCUCUGAUCUGCCCUUUGUCAAGCCGCCGCGCAUCUACUUCGUCUUCGACCUCUGCGAGUCCAGCCGCCAACGCCUUUUUCCUUCGUUUAUAUCUUUGCUCAAGCUGGCGCUGGGUCCGCAAACGAUACCCUCGCACUUGGACUAUAAGGUGCAUGAGGACUUGGUUGCCGCGCUGCACGCCAUUCCCGCAGACCCCACGGGAAAGGGUGAUCUGGCGGCCAGUUUCGCCUCGUUGGCGUCGGAGCUUCCACCACACUUGUCUCCGCUGCACCCCGGCCCGGACUCGGCCGUUCUGAGGGAGUUCUUUCUCGUUAUGGCAGAUAGAACGACCUGGUCCAUGCAUGGCACGCUUAGUAGCUCGGCGACGAAGCAAUUCUUUGAGCUAGUAAAGAUGCUCGCUUCUUCGGGGGGACCACCACCACCACCACCACCGCCGCCUGAGACCAGCAACAACAAUAACAGCACAAGACCCAAAGAAAAGUCGAUUAUCCCCUGGUACCGUGACUGGAUACCCUUGAAUCUGGGUAGCGAGCGCCCGCCGCCGCACGACGUCGAAGCGGUGCUGAUUCGCACGCGGUGGCGUGUGCCGCGCUUUUGGGCCUGGAAACUGCUCGGCACGGGCCACGAGUUACAGCCGCUCAAGACUCUCCUGGACGCAUUCAAGGAGGUGGGAUACCUGGACACGCACGAGGGCAAGGUACAGACCUUGGUGAGUCUGGUGGAGGGACAGGGGAUUGACCCGUUGGAGCCGUGGAAAUCCAGGCCGCGCGAGGUAGGGUUGGUGGUGGAAGCUAUACGGUAUACUCUUGCGUUGUCGACGCCUGCGACGACGCCGCCACCACCACCAUCACUCAGAGACGCCCUCACCAAACUUGACCGACUCAAGAUCCUACUCCCCGCGGUGCAGAAAAAGGGGAAUAAAGAGCUUCUAGCUUGGCUGCUCGAUGACGCUGACAAUCAAGAGGGAGGAGUAGGAGGAGGAGGCCUGCGCGAGGUACUCAAUACGGCCAACUAUAUUCGAGGGCCGAGCCCGGAGAACCGAAUGAAAAUGGUCUGGCUGCAAAACUAUGUGCUGCAUACUGCCGUUUGUCGCGGAGAUGCGGACAUGGUCAAGCUCCUGUUGGAGCGGGGCGCCAAGAUGUUGCGGGACGACGAAGGAAGAACGCCACUGAUGUUUGCGCGGAUGUUGUCAGGCAGUCCCAUACGCUAUCACGAGAUAAAGGAGAAGGUCGAGGUGUUAGAGGGGUGGUUGAGGGAGAGAGGGUUGGAUAGCGAGUAUUGGGAUGAGCCGGACGAGUAUGCUUUGGAUGCGUCCGAGGGAGAAGGCGGGUUUGAGUUUGAGAUUUCCACGGGAUUAUGGUAUUUGUAGCACGUGGUAGGUAGGCUAACCUGGAAAAUGACUUGUUGUACUCGGAUAAGUGGUACCUCCCUUAUACAUAAAGGAAUUACUAAACCACCCCUCAUUUCCCAACAUGCGACUCACUCAACAGCUAGGCCCGCUUCUCACACGCCUGACGACCGAUUUAUCACUUUUGUGUCGUUCGUUCCAUUUCAGACUUUCACCAAACAUGUCAGACCUGGAAGUCCUCAGCGUCGCCUCCAGCAUUAUCCCCAUCGUCGACGCAGUCUCAAAAGUCAUCAGCGCGUGCCAAGACAACUACGGCUUACCCGACGCCAUUAGAUCAAGCGUCUACAGGCUCGGUCAACCGGCAAAAAGGGCCGUAAGCGUCAUGAUAUUGCUAAAUCCAACUUGGGCCAUUCUGCCUCGGACAAACUACAUCUAGGUACGCUAUUUCUUGCCUUGAUUCCCUAACCGAGCCUCAUCUGGCCCCUAUAGCCAAAACAAUUCAUCCUCUUCCAUCUCCUCAAUUGAGCCGUUCCUCCAUUAUCAGAAGAAGAAGUCAUAGUCCGGGUCCACCCUCGAGCGCCAAGGUCCGAACUUCUUAUCCUCCGAUUGAGGCACGUACCCAGGGCCACAAGCUUCGGUCACGCGACGCGCGCUCUCCACCAUGGCUUUUUCCAGCCAUCCACUACCAUACUUGUUGAUGCGCUUGGUGUAGAGAUUGUGGAGCGCAGGCAGGUAAACGACAUCGUUGACGCAAUACUGCAGCGUCUUGGCGUCCAGCGGGCGGCGGGAGAAGAUGUCGCUGUUGGGCAUGUUCAUCAGAGC